AUGUCCCUGCCCACCAGCAGUUCUAGCAACUUCCUAAAACAUCUCCGCAGUACCUCGUUUGAGCGUGAAUGUGUAGUAGAGACCUUUGAAGUUACGUCACUCUACACGAACGUUUCAAACGAUGUAGCGAUGCAGGCUGUUCACGAACUGCUCACGCAGCGCCAGGCUUCAUUGAACAUGUACGGAUUAAGCAUUAGGCAGAUCAUGACAUUGAUAAACGAAUGCUUGAAUUGCUCUAUUUUCCGAUGGUCAGGACAGUACUACCGACAACUUAGAGGUCUAGCUAUGGGACAAAGGCUGGCACCCACUCUCGCCAUUGUUUUCAUGGCCAAGAUCGAAAAGCCUAUAAUAGACCGAAAACCACUGCUGUAUUAUCGUUACAUAGAGGAUUGUUUCGUCGUCUGCUCAACACAAGCAGAACUAGAUGCGUGCUUCAAUCUUCUCAAUCAGCAGUGCCUGCACAUUAAGUUCACAAGGGAGAGACCGAUAGACAACUGGUGGGCUUUCUUGAAUGUGCACAUUUACUUGAGAGUCUCAUCGAAUAGCCAGGAAAAAGCAUGGUCUAUAAAUGUGGCCCAUAAAGGAACAAUAUCCAAUGGGUACCCAGCUGGAAAUGGUGCUACCCGACAGGCACGACAUCCCUCUCGAAGAUCCAACGUAGUGGAUGGCCCAGGAAAGAUCCCUUUCUGUUUAUUUUAUAUAUCUGAUGAUAUGAGCAAAGCAGCACGGAGCUGUCUACGAAAAGGGGUUCUACAGAAUGACGUGAGGGUUGUGGAAACACCUCCAGCAAACAUUGAAGGUCAGCUGAUACGUGAUCGUGCGUGUGAUCGACUCACCACAACUCCCAACUGA